AUGGAUCGCGUCAACUCUACCCAUGAAGAGCUUGCGGGCACAAUCCGCUUGUUCGCAGACACGGACUCGACAUCCUCGGACAAGAUUUUGCUGCUUCCUCAGCCGACAGAAUCGCCCAAUGAUCCGCUGAACUGGAGCUACUGGCGAAGGAUGUGGUCGGCCGCUCUAGUAUUGUAUAUCACUGCUCUUACUGCAGCCACGUCAAACAGCGCUGGUGCUGCAGGUACAGCAUUGGUCGAUGAAUAUGGGAUUGGUUGGGGCGUCCAAAAUACUGCUGCUGGUGUUCUGUUCCUGGGUAUCGGCUAUUCAUGUCUGGCAUUAUCUUCUGCCAAUUGGUUGUACGGCAGACGUAUUUCAUAUAUCAUCUGCCUGCUCGCGUCUAUCAUUGGCAGCGCCUGGUUUGCUCGAUCCGAUAGCAAGGCAGACACCAUCCUCUGCCAGCUGUUCCUGGGAAUUUCUGAGUCUGUUGCAGAGGCCACUGCACAGCUCUCUUUGACCGAUGUCACGUUCCAACACCAGCGUGGCUCUGUUCUGGGUGUCUAUGUGCUUGCGACCUCCGUUGGUACCUUCCUUGGACCUAUGCUUUCUGGCUUCAUCGCCGACAGUCCGCUCGGCUGGCGCUGGAUGGGUUGGUUCGCGUUGAUCAUUUCUGGUUGCACCCUCUUCGUUUUCUACUUCGGCUUGGAGGAGACUGCCUUUGACCGCGACAGUGUUUUGGAUGGUCUGGCCACUGGACGAAGCUCCGCUGAGACCGACAUGUCUAGUGAGAAGAAGACGGUCGCUGAUCCUACAUCUGUUAUCAUCAGCGAUGGAACCAACAGUGACCAUCAACCGAGGAAAGGCAAUCUGAUCCCCAAUGGCUCCGACUUGGUACCAAAGUCUUACUGGCAACGCAUUGCUCUCAUCACUCCAUCACCCACGUUGAUUGGAAUCGGAUUCAAGCAGUACAUGCGCCGUACAUUCCACACCUUGCGUAUCUUCUACUUCCCGGCCGUCAUCUACUCCGGUCUGCAAUGGGGUAUGCAAGAUGCCUUCCUCUCAUUCUACAUGACUGUCGAAGACGACAACUGGACUUCCGACCCCUACAACUAUGGCGAUCGUGCAGAUGCCAUCAUGUGUAUCCCCACUCUUAUUGGGUCCAUCAUUGGCUGUGUGUACGGAGGUUGGUUCUCUGAUGUUUUCGUGCGAUGGAUGGCAAAACGUCGCAACAACGUCUCCGAAGCUGAAGACCGCCUUUGGCUCAUGUACCUACCUGCCGUUAUCUCGCCCGUUGGCCUCAUUCUCUUCGGUAUGGGGACUCAGCGCGUCUGGCCGUGGCCUGUGCCCUAUGUCGCUCUGGGCUUCAUCGGUUUCGGCUUUGGAUGCGGAGGUGAUUUGACCAUGGCGUAUCUCAUGGAUUGCUACCCCGACGCAGUCCUGGAAGGCAUGGUUGGUGUCGCCGUCUACAACAACUCGCUUGCUUGCAUCUUCACCUUUGUUUGCUCGAUCUGGCUCGAUGCACACAGUCUGACUCAAGUNUUUGUCACUCUCGGAUGUGUGAGUUUUGGCGUUAUGUUCCUCGGUACGAUUGUUAUGAUGUGGUUUGGCAAGGCUACUCGCAGGUUGACUGCCAACAAGUACAAGGAGUUCCUGUACAUUCGUGGUUCUGUUUAG